AUGUGGAAACUUGUUGCGUUUUCAAAUACGUCACUUGCCUCCUUUCUUAUGCAUAUUUACAAAGCUUGCUUAGGGCAGGACAAGUUCCAAAAUUGUAGCAGAAAGAUUAUGCUCUUCAUUCUUAAAAUUUCUUUUUUAUAUUCAUUCCAUUUCUUCCUUCAUUUUUUUUUCUUUCAUUCCGUCUUCUUCCUUAUUCAUUCCCUUCUUCUUUCCUUCCUCCCUCCUUUCUUAUUCCUUCCUUCCUUCUUUCCUUCCUCCCUCCCUACUUUCUUCUUCUUUCUUUCUUUCUUUCUUAUUCUUUCCUUCUUUCUUUCUUUCUUAUUCCUUCCUUAUUUCUUUCUUAUUCCUUCCUUCUUUCUUUCUUUCUUUCUUAUUCCUUCCUUCUUAUUCCUUCUUUCUUUAAAUUUUUUCCUUCCUUCUUUCUUUCUUUCUUAUUCCUUCCUUCCUUCUUUCUUUCUUAUUCCUUCCUUCUUAUUCCUUCCUUCUUUCUUUCUUUCUUAUUCCUUCCUUCCUUCUUUCUUUCUUAUUCCUUCCUUCUUUCUUUCUUAUUCCUUCCUUCUUUCUUAUUCCUUCCUUCCUUCUUUCUUAUUCCUUCCUUCCUUCUUUCUUUCUUUCUUUCUUAUUCCUUCCUUUUCUUCUUCCUUCUUUCUUUCUUUCUUAUUCCUUCUUUCUUUACUUUCUUUCUUAUUCCUUCCUUCUUUUAUAUUUUUCUUCCUUCCUUCAUCCUUUUCUUUUCUUAUUCCUUGA